AGAACUUUAUUGCCAAAAUGGAUGGAUGCUCAAGUAGCUUAUGGUUUCCACCAGGUGCGGGAAAAGAAACCAAAGCUUGCCAAAGGUCCAAUCACAAAUAAGUUGAUUUACUCUGGAUAUAGCUGUUCACAAGGGUGGUUCUGCACACCUUGCCUUGGUGCUCCUUGCUUAAUGGAACUCAAGAACAUCAUGGAACUUUAUAUAAAAAUGCCCAAUCACACAGAUUGGGAGCCAAUUAGUGUUCCUCCAGACGUUAGGUCAAUAGUAGCUUUAAAUCUUCGCAACUAUGGAGGUGGAAGAAAUCCAUGGGGUCAUCCAACCGACAAAUAUUUACAUAAGAGAGGCUUUCUGGAGGCUCGUGAAGAUGAUGGCCUGCUAGAGAUUUUUGGUCUGAAGCAGGGCUGGCAUGCUUCAUUUGUGAUGGUUGAACUUAUUACAGCUAAACACAUAGCACAGGCAGCUGCUAUCAAGUUGAAAAUUAAAGGGAACCAAUGCAAAAAAACUUUUAUGCAAAUAGACGACGAACCAUGGAAACAACCACUGGAUGAAAAAUCUUCUACAUUUGUGAUGAUUAACAGAAUGCCCUUUCAGCAUCUUAUGAUAAGCGGAAAGUGAUCUUAUUACCAUCAGUUGAUAUCUAUACCAAA